ACGACCAGUGACAAUCCGAGCUCGGGGAAAAUAAGUGUGGUUUUUCAGUUGUGAGUUUUAUGUUUUGCUUGCGAUUAAACAGUUUUUCUAACAAAAAAGGGACAACCUCUGUGUCUAGUUGCAGCCAUUGGAUAAAAAAUGGUGAACACUCGACGUUCGGAGUCACACUCUGGUCACCAUCACCGAACAAGGGGAUCGACCAAACUAGUAGAAGAUCAAGAUUCGGGUUCGACUAGUGCGAAAGAAAAAGACAGUGAUUCAGACCGGACCAAUAGUGAUGAUGAAACAUCUUCAAAUAGCCCUUUGGUGAAGCCGCAAAGUCAGCUGAAAAAGAAGCCUGUAGAGCCAAAAGUUUCCACAAAGGUCGUGACUAUACAACGAGAGUUUGAAACAAAAUUUAACACAACUGGAUCCACAAGGAACACUCAUAAACAGAUAUCGUUAGAGCGAAGAAGAUUGGCAGUUUAUGCCAGUAGGAAAAUGGAAGACGAGUUACUAGAAAACACUAAUUUUUCUGAAGGAGAAUAUUAUAAAAAUCCAAGAACACAUCGGCAAAAUCGACUAACAAAAAAAACGCGUAUGCUUCGACGAUCAGCCCUAUCCUUGCGACCGAUUCGGCAAAAAUGUUAUGCCGAUCAUUCUGCAAGCCAUAUGGAUACAGAUAGUGAUAUUGCUUUGCCGAGUUCCACUAGAAGACCCAGAAAUAUCGAAGGAAGUUGGCUUGCAGAUAGCCAAAUGCAUAAAGUAGGAUAUCCGAAUAUGAAUGUGGAAUAUUCGGAAGAAGAUAGCCGCGAUGUGCCUGAUGAAAAUGUAGAGACGCAAAGAGCUACUCGACAUUCCCGAAGAAUGACAAAACCUGGAUAUUACUACGAAGCUUAUGAUGAUAGCCCGACAAUUGCGCGUAGGACGCGUCGAUCUGGAAGACGUGUGGUGAGAAUGGUCCAUACUGAGCUUACUAACAGCGACUCAAACAACAAGGAAAAUAAGGAAGACGAAAAACCCUUGAAAACCAGAAGCUCAAAAACGGAGCGAAAUACAGAUGAAGACAGCAAGUCGAGCAAAGACGUGGAAGUCGAUGAUAUCAAACAGGAAGAAGUUAAGGAACCUGGUAUGGAAGAGAAGAUUACACAACAAAGAUCCGGUAGUGAAGAACAGGUGACAAAAGAAAGGGUUACGGCUAGGAGAAACACUAGACAAAGCCGACUUCGCAUUCGACAAAACAUAAAUCAUGAGAGAGAUAAAGAGACGGAAUCGGAGAGCUUAGAGACUGAGGAAGACGAAGGCGGGCGAAAAUACUCAUUGAGAAAUAGACCACUAAAAGCUGCACCCAAAGCAAUGCAAACGUAUGUGUUACGUGAAAGGAGAAGCAGAAGAAUCUUCACAAGACGCCGCAGGAAAAGUUCAUCAAGCUCUGAUUCUUCGUCGAGUUCGGAAGACCGUUUUAGAAAAACUCCAAAAAACCAACAUAUGAAGAAGGAAAUGCUCAAAACGGGAGCUGGCGGUCCCAGGAACAUUGAACCGAUUAAACCGGAGAUGCUGGACCAAUCUGUGCGAUUUAGCAGCAUUGGAGGCUUGCAGAACCACAUCCAGUGCUUGAAGGAAAUGAUUUUACUUCCAAUGAUGUAUCCAGAAGUGUUCAAACAAUUUCAGGUUCAACCACCCAGAGGCGUACUAUUUCAUGGUCCACCAGGUACCGGUAAAACUUUGAUUGCCAGAGCGCUGGCAAACGAAUCCAGCUUUGGAAACCGCAAAGUGGCGUUCUUUAUGAUGAAGGGUGGCGAGUUGUUGAGUAAAUGGCUUGGGGAAUCCGAGAAACAAUUACGGACACUUUUCGAGCAGGCAGCCGAAAUGAAGCCUUCCAUUAUAUUCUUCGACGAGCUGGACGGCCUGGCUCCAAUAAGGUCUUCAAGACAAGACCAAGUGCACGCGAGUAUUGUUUCCACACUUUUAGCCCUGAUGGAUGGCUUAAGCGAUAGGGGCGAAGUGAUUGUUAUUGGGGCUACAAAUCGGAUAGAUGCCAUCGAUCCGGCUUUGAGAAGACCCGGCAGGUUCGAUCGAGAGUUGUUCUUUCCUUUACCAUCGAAAACGGAAAGAGAAGACAUUUUGAAAGUUCAUGUUGCUAAGUGGUCGCAACCUCCUAGUGACGAGCUGGUAGGGACUUUGGCAGAAAGCACUGUUGGUUACUGUGGAUCGGACUUGAGAGCGCUCUGUUCCGAAGCCGUUAUUCAAAGUUUCAGACGAACAUACCCACAAGUUUACAAUUCGGACCACAGAUUGUUACUGCAACCUGAAAGCGUUAAGGUGAACAAGGUAGAUUUUUUGAGGGCCAAGUCGAUGCUGGUUCCGGCCUCACAUAGAGUAGCCUCGGGUUUGGGGAAAAAGUUACUUAACAUUUUGGAACCAUUGCUGGGACCAGUAAUUAAAAACGCAUUAGAUACUUUGGAGCAAACUUUCCCACACGGCUUGAACUCUUCAUUGGCCAAAGUGAAACUUUCGGCAAGCUUAAGACCGGCGCAAUUACUUCUGGCUGGAGAUGGUGCUCAGCACGGUCAAUCGAAUCACAUCGGCCCAGAUUUGCUGUUUAGGAUGGAACAUAUUCACUCCUAUCUGUUGGAUUUAGCCACGCUGUAUCGCGAACCAGGAAGAUUGCCUGAAGAAGCAUGUAUUCAGAUAUUCAAUGAAGCAAGAAAGAAUGUUCCAAGCAUAAUAUAUAUUCCAAAUAUAGACCGCUGGUGGAAACUGGCCUCUGAUACUGUUAAAGCGAUCUACUUGUCCCAAUUGAAGGAAAUUGACCCCAAUGUUCCUAUCUUGAUUUUGGCUGCAGCAGACGUCUCCUAUAACCAACUUCCCAAAGAGAUUCGAGAGCUAUUUUCACAUUACCGGAAGGAAAUUCAAGAAGUAUCUGCCCCGAAGGCUGAAGCUCGUCGUCAGUUUUUCAGAAAUAUAAUCGAUAUCUGCUUGAGACCUAUAAGAGAGGCCAGGGACCGUCCAGUAACCCCUCCGUCGCUACCUCGAGAAGACACUCCGCCGCCUAUACAGCUGACUGAGGAGCAAGCUCAAAAACUUUAUGAGACUGAAGAGCACACAUUAAGGGAAUUGAGAAUAUUUUUGCGAGAUAUGUGUAAAAAGCUCGCCAAUAAUAAAUUAUUUUUUAUGUUUACCAAACCCGUCGACACCGAAGAAGUACCUGAUUAUACAGAAAUUAUAAAGCAACCGAUGGAUUUGGAAACGAUGAUGACCAAAGUUGAUUUUCAUCGCUAUGAAUGUGCCAAAGACUUUUUGCAGGAUAUCGAUUUAAUUUGUGAGAAUGCUCUAGAAUACAAUCCGGCUAAUAAAUCUUGCAGGAGCUCUGCAGAUAAGCAAAUCAGACAUCGAGCGUGCUCGUUGCGCGAUUAUGCCUAUACGUUGAUUAAGACUGAAAUGGACAGCGAUUUUGAGGAUAAAUGCCAAGAUAUUAAAAAGCAGCGGAAACAAAGAAAGGCUUGCACUGCGAAAUAUUUACCCUCUUACAUGAUUACACCAAAUCUCCAACAACUUAACCUAGAUAUAGAAGAAAAAGGUUCUGUUGAAAUUGGCGAUGUUGAUUCGCAAGAUACUCCGGAUAGGUCACGAAAUACAAUAUCUCGCAUAAAGAAACGCAGGAUUAGAUGUAACUGGCAGAAUGGAUACUUAAAAAGGAAAUCCAAGAGACAAAAACUGGACAUACCGGCAAACAAGUCGAAAGAGAAAAUAUCUAGUGAUGAAUCCAAAAACGAUCCUGAUAGUAGCACCAUAGAAAUACCAACCACUGUUGAAGAUGCUUCUUGCAAAUCUGUCGAUACUAAUACUACCUUAAGCAUUAACUGUGAUAAUCACAAAGAAGUUUCAUCAUCACAUAUGACACGGUCAACAGAUAAAAUGUCUUGCGAUUUGCUUAGCCCCUCUGAAUUAUUGGAUAUUCCUUUAUAUUUUGAUGAAAUCGAUCAGGCCUUACAUGAAAACGGAACCGAAAAGUCCAAACAAAUCGAGUGUUCCGAAACCGAUUUAGAAAAGCUGCUAGAUCAAAUCGUUAAAGGCACAGAAGGAUUUUCUCUUAGCCAGCUUCUGGAUCUUUACAACCAGUUUGGGGACAUUAUCAAGAAAUUUUCCAAAACGCAUAUUAGGCACCCACUGCCAAACGAGUUACUCAAGGAAUAUCUUAGAUUUAAAAAAUCUUGUAGCAUUGAUGUCGCCAAAGGAACGUUGAGAACAUAUUAGUGAUAAUUUCACUGCCAGAUGCAUUAUUGCUUUACUCCCAAUAUUUAUAUCAGUAUUUGUACUGCUGUAUAGUACUUAAUAUCAAUUUAUGUAGAUAGUUUUAAAUAUUAUUUUUAUUACUUAAUAUACAGCUCAUGGAAAAUUAGUAUAAAUGAUGUUUGGUGUUUUUAAACGUUUCGUCACUCGUCUCUUUCAAAAUUGCAGUUUCAUGUCUAAAAGUGUUUGCCAUUUCUUAUUAAUAAGUGCAAUCAUUUCCUGUUCCAAUGUCAUCUUUGAUUUUACCUAAGAUAUUUGCAAAGUGAUUUACUGUGUGCCUUUCAUUUACAAUUUAUCAAAUAAUAAUCUCUAAACGUGCAAGGUUCAAUAACAAAAUCGAUUUACUAUUUCUUAUCUAAUAGCAAUGAACAGGGUUUUAAAACAUGUAUCAGUAACAUACAAAACAAUGAGACGUUCUGAAUUUUGUUUUAGAAGAUUGGCGCUUAGAAUAAGAAUAUAAUUCUAAAAGUGUGUUGAAAUAAACUGUGUAAAUAUC